AUGUUCCCAUCGCUGGUGCGCGCGGGUAGCGCCCCUUUCUGCCGCGUCGUCUCCACGUUCUCCUCGACCCGGGCCGUAUUGCCUCGCGUCCCGUACGCCAUCAGUAGCGGCGGUAACCUCAACCUCCCGUUGUACGCUCACCCCUCGCCGUCCCACGACGGCUCGAGCGGUCCGGCUGGUGGAGCCCGGCGAGGAAUGGGCUUCUGCGCCCGCGCGGUGGACGUCGGGGACGAGGCAGCCUCCAGCUCCGCCGCCUCGGGCUCGGACCUCUUCGCACCUUACCUCCCCGUCCGCAUUCGAUGCCGCAGGCACGACGUGGAAGCACUCUCCGAGGCGCUCUUGUGCUUCGGUGCUAGCUCCGUGACCGUGGAUGACAUUGCCGAUGCUGAAAAUCUCGAUGAAAUCUCCAUAGCGUCCUUAUAUGCCGAUGGGGAAGACGUGGACACCAGCGUAUCAAGUGCCGCAAGCUCAGCUGGUUUGCACUACAGCCCAGUGUAUGAAACCUCUGUUGGGAAGCAGUGCGAUUGGGUGGCAAAUGUGCAGGAUCCAGAGGCCACAAACAUAAUCAUCGAUCCAGGUUUGGCUUUUGGGAUGGGGGAGCACCCGAUAACUAAGCUGUGCCUUCUAUUUCUACAAGAAGUUAUUAAAGGCGGUGAACGUGUCUUGGAUUAUGGAACAGGCACAGGAGUAUUGGGGAUUGCAGCUUUGAAGCCUUCAUGCUUUCCGAGUGCCAUCAACAAAUCAGAAGACCACCACUCAACCAAUAACCUUGACUUGAAGUUCUCAAGAGGAACUUAUGAUGUAGUUGCAGCAAAUAUCCUUCUAAAUCCCUUACUGGAGCUGGUUGAGGACAUAGUUGGUUAUGCAAAACCUGGUGGAAUAAUUGCUGUUUCUGGAAUAUUGGAGGAACAGGUGCCAAAAAUCAAAGAAGUUUACUCAAGGUAUUUGGACAGAAUAUUGGUAUCCGAAAUGGAUGGGUGGACCUGUCUUCAGGGAACCAGGAGAGCGCAGAGGAAUUAA